AUGAGUCCGCCAAGUUUCGCCAUACGAGACCUGCUGCCGGAAGCGACCUCCAGGUCUCCCUCUCCUUCAGAUACGGAACUAGACGUCACCGGGACGGAGACACCUCCGCCAUGCUCCUCCAGAAGCCCAGAUGAAAAAAAAAAUGAAAAACCGGCGUAUAGCUACAAUGCACUCAUCAUGAUGGCGAUUAGAAGCAGUCCUGAGAAACGGCUCACGCUUAAUGGAAUCUAUGAGUAUAUUAUGAAGAAUUUUCCGUAUUACAAGGAGAAUAAGCAGGGCUGGCAGAAUUCUAUACGACAUAACCUCAGUUUAAACAAGUGUUUCGUGAAAGUACCGCGGCAUUAUGAUGACCCUGGUAAAGGAAAUUACUGGAUGUUAGAUCCAUCAUCUGAUGACGUGUUUAUUGGUGGAACGACAGGGAAGUUGAGACGGCGUUCAACUGCUGCAUCCAGAUCGAGGUUAGCUGCGUUCAAACGAGGGGCAAUUUUACAUCCUAUGUUUGGUAAUCCGUAUGCGUCGCUGGUGGGACUCUACCCGCCUUUGUUAUCGGUCUACGGGCGGUAUGCUCUUCCAAGUCCGCUGUUGCGGCUGCCGCCUCCACCGCCGAACCCCUACCACCAUCUUUAUCGAAGGAUCCACGGUUUGACGCCGUCAGUGAGUCCUCCAGACGAAUCCGACAUGAAACAUAGUUGA